UAAAUUUUUGAUAAAUUCCGAUAAAACCUCCUACAGGUUAGUUAUAUUGCACACGGUUGAAUAUAAACAUAUUUGCUCCAGUUGUAUCUAAAUUCACUUUGAAAUCAUCAAUUCUAGAAUUUUUUUGUGUCCCACUUAUAACUUCUAUCAAAACAUAAGUCUAUUUUUAAGUUUUUCAACAUCUCUGGAUUUGUAUUUAUAUACCAGCUUACGAUAUAAUAAUAUACCAGCUUACGAUUCUUCAAGUCAUCCAAAUUCAAUAAUGGACAUAAAUUAUGCGGACAUGUUGGAAGAUUAUCUGCAUUAUUCCAAAUUUCCCAGGCCAGUGAAACAUGUGCAGGAUAAUCCUGGUUUUAAUUUGACAUGGAAUGUUCAAUUAACUAGAGAAAAUCAACUAAGAUUAAAUGCUAUGAAACCGCUCAUUGUUGGCAAGAAUAUAGACUACCUCUACAGUAAUAUUGAGCUAAAAUCAAUCCUAGACUACAUAAUAGUCGAAACACUGAAAGUGUGUCCUCCGAACCCCGCCGCUUUCCUAUCAAAACUAUUCACGGAAGAGGACAUAGAAAAGAAACUCGAAAAACAGAAAAUUUUGAUCAAAAAGAAAAUGAAGUCAAAGAAAAAUGGAUCACUUUUCAGUUUGGAUGAGGUGACAGAUUGGGGAAGGGUGAUGGAAGAAUUAGAGUGGGAAGAAAGAGGAGAAAGAAGAGUAGAUGAAGAAGAAGGAGAAGUAGAGAGGAUAAUUAGAGGAACAUCUAGGGGUCAAGGAUGGUUGAGUAAAGAGAGAAAUCGUUUAGGAGAAAGAAGAGAAAAAGAGAGAAGAAGAAGGUCUAAGGGGGAAGGAUUGGAGUGUGAAGAGGAUACCGAUAGAGAAAGAGGAGAAUUGAACAAAGAGGGCGAAGAAGAACAAGAGAGAACUGGAAGAUCUUCUGGGGUACAAGGAUCGAUAGGUGGAGAAGAGUUGAACAAAGAUGAAGAAACAGGAGAGAGAAAACGUUCUUCAGGGCAAGGAUUGAUAGGUGAAAAGGAAUUGAACAGAGAAAAAGAAACAGGAGAGAGAAAACGUUCUACAGGGCAAGGAUGGAUAGGAGAAAAGGAAUUGAACAGAGAAAAAGAAACAGGAGAGAGAAAACGUUCUACAGGGCAAGGAUGGAUAGGAGAAAAGGAAUUGAACAUAGACGGAGAAACAGGAGAGAGACAACGUUCUACAGGGCAAGGAUCGAUAGGUGAAGAGGAAUUAAAUAAAGAAGAAAAUAUAAAAACUUUGAAAGAAGAAGAAGGAGAGAAGGAGGAAGAAAUAGCACUUGAGAGAACCUCCAGAUUAAUGAGUAAGGAGGAAGUUGUUGAUAAAGAUGAAAAAAUGGAGAAUGGAGUGGAAAGAAAAUCCAAAGAAGUGGAACGGAUAGAUGAAGAAAGAAUUGUCAAAGAAGAAAGAAAUGGAAGAGGAAUAAUGAAGAGAACUUCCAAAGGACAAGAUUCUGAUAGUGAAACAAAUAAAUCUGAAGAGGAAUUCUCCUGCCACAACCUGCUCUACAUUAGAAAACCGAGACGACAUUCUUUAUUCAGGAAAGACGACGGUUUCAACAAUGACUCGAAAAGAACUCCCAAGAUUAGUUUCAAAAACGAAGAGGUGAACGAAGAAAAGGAAGAGGGAGAGGUUGUUGUUGUUGCGAUUGAUGGAGAAGAAGGAGAGAACGGUGGGAGAGAAGUGGGAGAAAUACAGGAGGAAGAAGUAAAAGGAAAAGAAAAUAAGGAGAACGAGAGAGAUGGAAAAGAAGAAGAAGAAGACGAAGAAAAGAGAAUGUGA